UCAGCCUAACAGCUCAAUAGAGAGACACACGGGAUGGAGAGAGAAAGAACAGCUGACUGAAUCACAACAGUGUAUGAAGAUACAGCGGGAACGGCUAUGUUUUGCCCUUGCUGUGGACAAGAUCUGGGAACAAUUUACAUGUUCUGUGGCUCAUGUGGCUCUAAUGUGCAAUUUUUGGCAGAAUAUGCAGACAACAGAUCAGCAUCAGAUAUCCCCACAAACGAGGAUCUAAUACAAGGAUAUUUUAAUCACGGCUACAGCAAUGCAGAAAUUUUGGAUUUUUUGGCUUCAAAACACAAUGUUCAUAUGAGCCUUUGCUGCCUGAAGAGGAAGCUGAAAAGUAUGUCUUUAUCCAGGCAAAAAGACUACUCUCCUCUUGCCACCGUUCGUGCUGCCAUACAGGAAGAGUUAAAGGGUCCAGGUCAACUCUAUGGCUACCGUUCAAUGUGGCAGACACUGCGCCUGAAGUACUCUCUGACUGUUAAGAGGGAUGAUGUUAUGACCCUGAUGAGAGAAACUGAUCCACAAGGAAUUCAACUUCGUGCAAGCAGAAAAUUUGUAAAAAGAGUUUACAGUUCUGAUGGACCAAACCAUGUCUGGCAUGUGGACGGAUAUGAUAAGUUAAAGCCGUACGGUUUCGGAAUAAGUGGCUGCAUAGAUGGAUACUCUCGAAGAGUACUGUGGUUGAAAUGUGGAGCAAGCAACAAUGACCCAGUGGUCAUUGCCCAGAAUUAUCUGAACUGUCUGUCAGAAUGUGGAAUCAUUCCAAUGCGACUUCGCACUGAUUGUGGUACUGAAAAUGGCAGAAUGGUGGCAAUUCAUUGUACCUUAAGAUCAUCUCAUACUGACGACUAUGCUGGGGCUGCCAGUCAUUUGUAUGGCUCUUCAACGGCAAACCAAAGAAUUGAAAGCUGGUGGUCAUAUUUUCGCAAACAGAGGUCACAAUUUUGGAUGGACCUUUUGAAUGAUAUGAGAGAGAGAAAUCUCUUCAAUGGUAGUCAUGAGCACACAUGCCUCCUGCGAUUUGUGUUCAUGGAUGUGCUACAAAAUGACCUUGAUGAAUGCAGAGAAAAGUGGAACACUCAUACAAUCAGACCUGUUAAACUGUCUCGCUGUCCAUCUGGUUUGGUGGAACUGACUGCGGGUUUCCAGUUUCACUGGACGAACUGCGGCCAUUUGAGAGUGAGGCAACACACAGUCCAUGUGGGGAUCAUCAUCUCCAGUCACACCUUGAGGAUCUCCAUAGGCAAAGUGGUGUAA